AUGGAGCGGCACUCUGAUCAUCACCAUUGUCAGCGUGGCAGGAGCAUUACUACUGACUUAUACGUUCGUCCUCAAUGGAAUUAUCCCGCUUAUACUGAAGAUAAUACUGCGAAUAACCUCCACAAUCAUCAAAACGGCCUUUCGAAUUAUCAUGUGUACCAUCAGAACGAUAUUCUCGUUGAUCAAGAAAGGAUGCGAAAGAAAAUCACAAGAGAAACUCCUAUAACACAAGGAUGCGAUGACAUUCCUCAAGAAGCAGACGACAUUCCCGUACUACAACAUUCCGCGGCGGAGUAUACUGAAUUUGCAAACGCCUUUCAUUUUCUUAACAUUAUUCACCUUAUAAAAGUCUCAUCGGUAUCUAAGCAAGAGGUUCCCUUACUAGCAGAGGUUCUGUAUUGA